CCUUUCACUCUCAAUUAAACCUCCAACACCAUUAGCAGCAACCCUGCAACUUUUAUAAAUUGGGUAAUUUGAUCAUGUCGCUCAGAAUCCUACUACUAGUGUUUGCCCUGGUUUUGACCACAGCCAUGGCCCAAACUCCAGGCGGCAGUACUACUUCAUGCACCAACACCAUCGCCUCCUUGUCACCUUGCCUCGCCUACGUCACCGGGAAUUCGACCACGCCUUCAGCUUCCUGCUGCUCCCAGCUCAGCGGCGUCGUCAAGGUAACACCACAGUGCCUCUGCACUUUGAUCAACGGCGGCGGCCCGUCGUUUCUGACCAUCAACCAGACUCUGGCUCUUGCCCUGCCUGGCGCUUGUAAAGUCCAGACUCCACCCGUUAGCCAGUGUAAAGGUCUGCCGAUGCGCCGGGAAGUACAGCUAGUCCGCCGGAGAGUUCAACAUCACCAGCGCCAACAGAGUCGAGCAAUGACACACCUGAACCGGCGAUUACUCCGACAGCAUCACCUUCAGGAGAUGGAACGACUGGGACCAACACAGUCCCAUCGACCACUGGUGGAACAACGUCUGAUGCCACCAUCGCCAGCCCCACAACUUCUGUUCGAUUCAUGCUCGUGGGAGUACUCCUCGCUGCAGCAGCAAUCGCCAGAUUCUAAGCACCUUUGCAACUUGCGGCUCAUUUUGAGAUCUGUUUACUUUUCAUCGAAUGGUGUGAUUGGUGUGACGAUGGUGUGCAUUUGAGAUUGGGUUUUUUUGAGGGGUUGUAUGUAUUGCAAUUUAUUUGUUUGGGGACGAUAUUUAGGUGCAGCCUUGGUUGAUUGAGAAUUUGACGUCAACUAAUAGACCGGGACUCUGUACUAAACCCUGGCUUGGCUAAUGGUAUGUUUACUUUUUAUUUAUGUUUUCUGUG